ACAAUGCAAAUGUCAAAGAUAAACAUUGUUUUUAUUUGUAAACACGUAUUUAUAACAAAAAAUUUAAUAUUUUAAGUAAAAAUAAACAAAAAAAAGUCGUAACUUAAACAUGUCGGAAGUCGCAAAAGAACAACUAGACUCCAACGAGGGUGAAAAAAUUGUUUUUAAAAAGAAAGUGCGUAAAAAUUUAAGACAAAGACGGAAUUCCGAUGAUGAACCCAGUGAAGAACCCUUAUCCUUGGAAGAAAUUAAAGAAAGACAAAAACUACGCGAACGCCCUCACGGCGUUAGUAUUAUAGGUUUAGCUUUGGGCAAAAAAUUAGCACCCGAAGAGGAGAUAACACUCAAAGAUCCCUUUAAUGUUAAGACAGGUGGUCUUGUUAACAUGCAAUCCCUAAAGUCGGGCAAUGUUAAAGAAUCCGAUGAUGCUUAUGAUGUAGGCAUAGGCACACAAUUCUCAGCGGAAACUAAUAAACGUGAUGAAGAUGAGGAAAUGAUGAAGUAUAUUGAACAAGAAUUACAUAAACGUAAAGGUCUUACAAAAUCCAAUCCAGAAAGUGAAACCGGAGCUGAUCCUCAAAAGUAUUUAACACCCGAAGAAGCAGCCCUCUAUGCCUUGCCCGAACAUUUAAGACAAUCUUCUUCACAUCGUUCCGAGGAAAUGUUGUCGAAUCAAAUGUUAAAUGGUAUACCCGAAGUGGAUUUGGGUAUCGAUGCCAAAAUUAAGAAUAUUGAGGCUACGGAAGAGGCCAAACAGAAAUUGCUGCAGGAUCAAAAGAAUAAAAAAGAUGGACCCUCACAAUUUGUACCCACUAAUAUGGCGGUGAACUUUAUGCAGCAUAAUCGAUUUAAUAUUGAGGAAAACAAUGAUCCUAAAAGAAGAUUUCAACAACAGCGCAAGCCUGCUGAAGGUGGUGGCGCCGAGGGAACUCAACCGCAAAAUCCUUUACAUCAAGUUGGUCCCAAUGGUGUUAAAAGAGCUACUGACGAUUAUCAUUAUGAUAAAUUUAAGAAGCAAUUUAGACGUUAUUAGAAGAAGGCAUUUAUUAUAAUAAAGAUUUUUUUACUUUAAUUUAAAAAUUCAAA